UUGCGCUCAAAUAUAUUUGAUGUCGCCGAACUCGAACGACUACGACGUGAGGCUGUUCCCUCAUCAGAUGAAAAUGCUACGGCUGAGGAUGUGGCGCCACAAAUUGCAGAGCAACCCGCAAACGUGAAUGUUGCCGUGAAUACCCCAGUUGUGGUUGAUUCAAACGAUGAUGGAACAGUCGCCCAUCGGGCUGUCGUGAGGGCUCUGAACCCAAUGCUGGUGACCUAUUUGGAAGCCAGCCGGGACCUUUGCGAGACGGACUCAAUUCUUUUUGGCGCCGCACUGGCAGUGUGCCGUAUUUUUGGCGCCAAACUUUCCACGGCUGAACGCGCUACUGGACAAAGUAGCGCUAUCCCAGCCUGGAGAAUAAGAAUUGAAGAACGUAUCGCAAAGGCUAGGGCCCUCAUCGGCAGACUGAUAUGCUUCAGGUCAGGCAACAACAGGCCAAGGAUUGUGCGCACCGUCAGGAUGGCAUUUGCUGGGACAAAUGUUAGUUUGUCCCAGCCGGAUAUAUUGCAAAAACUGACGGAGCGCAUAGACGACCUGAAGCAGAGAAUCGCUGCUUGGGGAAAGGGGAUUCGGCGAUAUACCGAGAGGUCGACACGGUUUAACCAGAAUCGUCUCUUCUAUAGUGAUCAGAAGAGGCUCUAUAAAUCGUUGGAGCGACCAAUGGUAAGUGGAACGGGCCCAGCACCGAAUCAGGCCGACACUGUAAUAUUCUGGCGCGGCCUGUGGUCAGAGCCCAUAAACCACAGCGAGGGCCCUUGGACGGAAGUUGUGGCGAGUCAGUGUGCGAGUAUAACGCCCAUGGACCUCGUCAUUAUAACGCCAGAUGACGUAGCUGAGUCGGUCCGUAGGGCCCCAAACUGGAAAAGUCCGGGACUCGACGGGCUGCAUCACUACUGGCUGAAGGGGUUUGUGGUGUGUCACACUGUGCUCGCCCGACAGUUCCAAGAGGCUCUCAACCAGAAGUCGCUCCCGAGCCUCUUCACUACUGGGAUCACGCAUUUGGUUCCUAAAGACCAGAGUUGUAAUGUAAACGUAAACCAUGAUUCGUAUAAUUGUGCAUCAAAUACACUAUUACGGAGGGAAGCGAUAAAUAACAAUAGAAAGCGGCGGUUGCAGCGGUUCGACAGCGGCACCUCCGGCCGUGUGUACCGGCCUUACGGUAGCCCUGCUCCUAAAUAA